AAACGCUUUCCUCCUCGUGACAACGAGCUGGGAAAGCCCGCUCGGAAGUGCCACACGUCGGGGAUGCUGACCCCCAACGGCAAAGAAUACGCCCAAAAAAUCCCGAGAGAAGAACUAACUCACUUGAUACUGAAACUUUUGCAAGCCUGGAAAGAGCCACUUUCCCACUUCAACCAGCACAUUGAGCAUCAUGAAGAGCUGCCUGAUGACAGCCUUAGCAAAGCUAAGCAAAUCAGCAACAUGGUACAUGAGCUGAAGACUGGGGUUGAGAAAGUAACAGAAAAGAUGCAGUCAAUGGGGAUCAUCAGCAAUUCAUUAAAUGGAAUGGCAUCAUCUGAAGCCACUGGUUUAUCAAUUAAUAACGAAGCAAACAUGAUGAGCGAUUCUGACUUUAUUCACUGCUUCAGGAGAGACUCCAAUAAAGUGCAAAGCUACUUAAAAAUUCUAAAAUGUAGGAUUAUGCCAGAAAAUAUUUGUUGA